CACUUCUGGCCUAUAAAAAGGAUGUUCAGAGACUGAAAAUCCUAGCCUUCACAAACUUAACGACAGCUUCAUAUCUUAGCAAAAAAAUGAAGUCUAACUUUGCUUUUUUAGUAAUAUUCUCUCUUCUCCUGGUUGUUAACCUCAGCUAUGCAAGGAAAUACAUGGGAGACUAUUGGAAGACCAUGAUGAAUGGCCAACCUAUGCCUGAAGCGAUCAAAGAUCUCCUUGCUCAAGAUCCACAAGAAUCAGAUGCAGCGAAGGAUCAUUUUAUUCGGGACUUUGAUAUAAGACCUAAUAUCAUAUUAUAUCACACGCAUGAUAUGUCCAGAAAGCAGAAGCAGCAUGCCAUGGCCAUGAAAAUAGAAGAGCUUCAAGAACCAGGAAGACAUGGCUGAACAAACCAGCUUAAAGGGCCGAAGCUCAAAUCAUUUUGCUCAUGGUUAGAGAAGGAAGACACACGUAUCUCUACAUAGUAUAUGACUCAUGAAUAUCAUGGUCUUUAGUAUCUUGUAGAGUUAUUCAUGUUUCUAAACCACUCUUUCUGUUGAACACUUGAACAUGUAUCUUUAUGGCUAUCCUUUUUUUUAGCUGCAUAUAUCUGUGUCCUGCAGAACGUUUAUAAUCAAUAGACAUUAUGCUUCUUUUGGCCUGUCAUGAUUACUCA